AUGCCGACGAAGAGAACACCUAUGAAGUCUCAGGCAAAUGAUGCAACCGGUGCUUCCGCCGGUGGUGGCAACAACGAGGAUGGAGUGGAAGAAUGGGACACGCUCGUUCACAUGCGUGGCUUAGCUAAAGGAAAGCUCACGCGUGUGAAAAAUAUCAUGGACCAACUCGCGCAAGAGGAAAUCACGCAGCCGCUGAUUAAGGUGCAUCAGAAGAAGGUGGAAGCAGCCUACAAGGAGUUUGCCGAUUAUCAUGAACGCAUCAUGGCGAUCACCCCACCAAGUAAGAGGAAGGAACAAGACUGUAAGUACCUCGAAUUUGAAACCUUGCACGACAAUAUUUGCCUCACUCUCGAAACAUGGAUCGAGAGUCUCAACGAAAUACCCGUGAAUGCUCAACCAAUCCGGAAUCAGCAACCGCUGGUUUUGCAACAGUCGCUUCCUCGUGCCAUUCCGCAUUUUGAUGGCAAAUACGAGCAGUGGGAAAAGUUUAAAGUCAUGUUCAGGGACGUGGUGGACAGAUCAAACGACGCACCACGGAUUAAGCUCUACCAUUUGGAAAAAGCAUUGAUUGGGGACGCUGCUGGCAUAAUUGACGCAAAAACCAUCUCUGAUGGCAAUUAUGAUCAUGCAUGGGAAAUUUUAGCAGAAAGGUUUGAAAAUAAGAGGCGAAUGGUUGAUCAUCACAUCUCUGGGCUGCUGAAUAUGAGAAAAUUGUCGCAAGAAAGCCACUCUGAGUUGAGAGAGUUGGUUGAUUCAUGCGUAGGCCAUGUCGAAAAUUUGAAAUUUUUGGGUCAGGAAUUUACUGGGGUAUCAGAAACAUUCGUCACACAUCUCCUUGCAAAUGCGCUAGAUGACGAAACUAAGAAGCUAUGGGAAACGUCUGUCAUACAUGGGGAAUUACCAGAUUAUGAGGAUACUGUCAAAUUUCUAAAAGGUCGCAUUUCCGUUCUCGAACGAUGUCAGAAGUCCAUAAAUGAUAGCAAGGUCAAGCAAUCCACGCGUGUUCAAACCAAAGCAGGUCAAGGGUCCGGCAAGCCGUCGUCGAAUGUGAAAGUAAAUACCGUGUCGUCGUCUAACAGUUGCGAGUUUUGUGCUGGUGAACAUUUGGCGUUCAAGUGCUCGGUGUUCAAUGGAAUGUCGGUGGAUGAACGAUUGAGGCUAGUGCGUGAAAAACAAGUGUGCUUCAACUGUUUGAGACGUGGUCAUCGUAGUACGGAUUGUAGGUCCAACAAGUCGUGCUCAAAGUGCAAAAGGAAACACCAUACGCUACUACAUGCUGAAGGUGGUUCAAUUCAGAGUUCCGGUUCGAGUAAUUCCAGAUCAGCAGAGCAGCAACAAGUAUCAAAAGCAGCGGUUCAAUCAGCUAUUGGAAACCCUACUGAUGGCAUCAUCCCUACUACCGUAAUAUUUAACGUGGUGGAGAAGCCAAUUGCACAAGUGCUAUUACUAACUGCAAUGCUCAACAUCUUGGAUAAGAAUGAGAAACCGCAGGUAUGUCGAGGACUCUUGUAA